GAAAGACCGUAUUAAUAGUCCUAUUAAUCGCAAAUCUCUUUAGCCCAAAACCUCUCCUUUCCUCUCUCUGAAAUCAGCGGCGAUGGCAACAAGCGUAGUACCAGCGGGGCGCAGCGCGCGGAGGGCGGCGGCGGAGGAUGAAAAGCUGGUGUUUGAAACAACUGAGGGAGUAGAACCUGUGGCAAGUUUCGAUGAGAUGGGAUUAAAAGAAGAUUUAUUGAGAGGGAUUUAUAAUUAUGGAUUUGAAAAGCCGUCAGCAAUACAACAAAGAGCUUUAAUGCCGAUAAUUAAAGGCCGUGAUGUUAUAGCGCAAGCUCAAUCUGGUACUGGAAAGACUUCUAUGAUUGCUCUUACUGUUUGCCAGCUCGUUGAUACUGCUAGCAGAGAGGUCCAGGCAUUGAUAUUGUCACCUACAAGGGAACUGGCAGAGCAGACAGAGAGAGUGAUAACUGUAAUUGGUGAAAACAUUAAUAUACAAGUACAUGCAUGCAUUGGAGGAAAAAGUGUGGGCGAGGAUAUUCGAAAACUAGAACAUGGAGUUCAUGUAGUUUCUGGGACUCCUGGCAGAGUCUGUGACAUGAUCAAGAGGAGGUCAUUACGCACAAGAGCCAUCAGAGUACUAGUUCUUGAUGAAUCUGAUGAGAUGUUGAGCAGAGGGUUCAAGGAUCAAAUCUAUGAUGUGUAUAGAUAUCUCCCACCCGAGCUUCAGGUUGUCUUGAUUUCUGCUACUCUUCCUAAUGAAAUUUUGGAGAUUACUAGCAAGUUCAUGACAGAUCCUGUAAAGAUUCUUGUGAAACGUGAUGAGUUGACUUUGGAGGGCAUCAAGCAAUUUUUUGUUGCCGUGGAAAAAGAAGAAUGGAAAUUUGAGACUCUGACUGACCUUUAUGAUACUCUUACCAUCACUCAAGCUGUUAUUUUCUGCAAUACAAAGCGAAAGGUUGAUUGGCUAACUGCCAAGAUGGUUGAAUUUAACUUCACUGUCUCAUCAAUGCAUGGCGACAUGCCUCAAAAGGAGAGAGAUGCAAUUAUGUCUAAUUUCCGGUCUGGUGAAACUCGUGUACUGAUCACAACUGAUGUUUGGGCUCGGGGGCUUGAUGUUCAACAGGUUUCUCUGGUAAUUAACUAUGACCUUCCAAACAAUCGAGAGCUUUACAUUCAUCGAAUUGGUCGUUCUGGUCGUUUUGGACGGAAGGGUGUUGCUAUUAACUUCGUCAAAAGUGAUGAUAUCAGGAUUUUAAGAGAUAUUGAACAGUAUUACAGCACCCAGAUUGAUGAAAUGCCUAUGAACAUCGGUGAUCUGAUAUGAGACAUGCAGUGAUUGGUGUUAUUUGCCCGUGGAUGGUAUUCGUGUUGUGUGGUUUCCCAUCUUUUUGAUGAGCUUGUACACUAAAGCUUGGUGCUGUUUAAAUUGUGGGUGGUUUUGUGUGACAAGAAGAAAUGCUAGAUUAGCCUUAACUCGUUUGAUAAGAUUGUGAUUAAGAUGCUCUCUUAUUGAAUUUAUACUCUAGAUGGAUUGUAUGUUGAUGAACUAAUUUUUUCUUUAGUAAUUUAUGAACCUCUUUUUUCUUGCUUAUGAAA